UCUUCCGGCUUCCUGGUGGUGUUGUAACCAGCACAUCCUUGGUGCUAACGUGCAGUGAGGUCAGUCAGAGGCUGUUUACAGCUAACAGAGCUAAUCAUGAGAUAUCCUCUUGUAUUAGUAACUACCUGGUGAUUUACUGACGGAACCAGUUGAACCAGUUGAACCAGCUGAACCGGGUUGAACAUGUCUCAGACCACAGCUUCAAACAGUCAGACUUCCUCUGCAUCAGUUCAACACCUGAACACAUCAGACGACUUCUCAGCCAAUCGUUAGAGGAGCUGCAGCCGGAGACACUCCAGUCCUUCCAGCUUCCUGUUGACCCGGUUCUGGUUCUGGUUCUGUUGAGUUAGUCCGAUGGCGCGGUACAGUAAGCUGCAGAAGCAGGUCCUGGCUCUGUACCGGCAGUUCCUUCGGGCCGGUCAGGACAAGCCGGGCUUCAUCCCACGAAUCCGAGACGAGUUCCGAGAGAACUCUCGCAUCAAGAAGACGGACGUGAUGCACAUCGAGUAUCUGUUCCGGCGAGGACAGAGACAGCUGGAGCAGCUGAGGGACGUCAACACCAAACAGCUGGGCUCCUUCUCCAAACCUGCAGAGAAGAGCUGACCUCUGAACUCUGACCACUACCACGUCACGUGACCCUGACUGACAACGACAAACACCUCUCAGAGACUUUGGUUACGACCGAACUGAUGCUGCAUUCAGGCCCAGUGGGGAAACUAAUGCUCAGUGAUGGAAGGAAACAUGAAAUACAUUUAUUGAUGUUAAAUAUGUAAAAUGUUCUCUGACUAUUUAAACUAAAAUUAAACUUUCUUUGCCUUCUGAUAAUUAUAAUAAACUGAUUGAUGUGAAAAAGA